GCACAGUCAUGGGGCAGGGGGGACUCAGCGGCAUCCAGGCCUCAGACCUGGACAAGUACAUAGAGGACAAUCUCCUCCUUGACACCACCUUCCGCACUGAGGUCAGAAAAGCCGUCCACAUCGUGUGUGCUUUCCUGAAGGAGAGAUGCUUCCAAGGUGCGACCCACCCUGUGAGGGUCUCCAAGGUGGUGAAGGGCGGCUCCUCGGGCAAAGGCACCGCGCUCAAGGGCAGGUCGGAUGCAGACCUGGUGGUGUUCCUGAACAAUCUCACCAGCUUUGAGGAUCAGCUAAAACGACGGGGAGAGUUCAUCGAGGAGAUUAAGAAACAGCUGUACCAGUUGCAGCGUGAGGGAGGUUUUGGUGUGAAGUUUGAGGUCCAGAGUUCAUGGUGGCCCAACUCCAGGGCUCUGAGCUUCAAGCUGAGCUCCCCCCAGCUCCAGCAAGAAGUGGAGUUUGAUGUGUUGCCAGCCUAUGAUGUCCUAGGAAAUGUCAGCACGUACAGCAAGCCUGAUCCUCAAAUUUAUGCCACCCUCAUCAGGAAGGGCACCUACCUGGGGAAGGAGGGGGAGUUCUCCACCUGCUUCACCGAGCUCCAGAGAAACUUCCUGAAGCGGCGUCCACCAAAGCUGAAGAGUCUCGUCCGCCUAGUCAAACACUGGUACCAGAUGUGUAAGGAGAAGCUGGGGAAGCCACUGCCCCCGCAGUAUGCCCUGGAGCUGCUCACAGUCUAUGCCUGGGAACGUGGGAGUGGGUCCACUGAGUUCAACACAGCCGAGGGCUUCCGGACAGUUUUGAAACUGGUCACCGAGUACAGGCAGCUUCGAAUCUACUGGACAGUGAAUUAUGACUUUGAACACGAGGAAGUCUCCAAGUACCUGCACGGAAAGCUCAGAAGCACCAGGCCUGUGAUCCUGGACCCGGCUGACCCAACAGGGAACGUGGCUGGUUCAAACUCAGAGGGCUGGGGUCGGCUGGCAGGAGAGGCUGUGGCCUGGCAGCGAUACCCAUGCUUUAAGAACAAGGAUGGUUCCACAGUGCGCGCCUGGGAUGUGCCAGUGAGAAUUUGCCUUUAUCCUGUCCCCUUCCACACAGCCCCGUUCUCCUCAUCCAGUCUGUCACUGAAUGUGGACAAGAACUGGACACAGGUCCUCCUGGGAGCACAGCAGCCCUGCCCAGGAGGCUCUGCGGUCAGCGGCAUGCGCUUCUCUGCUGCUGUCCUUGACCCAGGCAGAAUGCUGCCCAAGGCCCCAGAGCAGGAGAGUCCAACCUGGGAUCAGACUCCAGGCUUGUGA